AAAUCCCUGAAAAUAUCAAAACUCAUUCUUUCAGCAUAAGUAAAAGGCACCCCGCUGGCAGGGUGAAAUUAAAUUUCUCGAUUCUCUCUUCCUAAUUUCAUCGCUCCUCGCCUUUCUUCUCCGUGGACCAUCUCUUGUUCCUUCUUGAUAAUGACUUGCUCGCAGUCACUAUCGAAACUUCUUUGCAGAAACUGACGUUCAUUAUUAGCGAAUUUGAUUAUAGAUAGACACUUGACUGACAUUGUUGGAAAUGUGGGCGAAGAAGAGAAAAUGGUUUCCCUUAGAGGUUUGGAUAGGUGGUAAUAUGGGUGAGAAAAGGAAGAAAAGUGGAAGGAUAAACUACAUUGGUGGGAAGAAGUUGAAGGAACGGGAUACAAACUGGGUCCAUGACAUAUGUUGAUGCGUUUGACAAAGUUAAAGAAUAUGGAUGUGGUGAGGUGCAACAAAUAGGGUACUACAAACCCCAUAUACCAUGGUUGACAUUGGAGUUUGCUAGAGAUGAUGAUGAGGUGAAAUUGAUGUUUGAAAGAGGGAAGAAAUUUGGAUGGCUCAAGGUUUACAUUCAAACUGACAUGCGGAUUAAGGAAAAUAGGGAAUAUGAUCAUGCCAACUAUGUAUACUCAAAUGAGGAGGUGGGAGAUGAAUUUGGUGAAGCUUCAAUGGAGAAUGAAGUCCAAGGUCAAUGUACAAUAGAAAAGGGGAUCCAAAAAGAACAAUUCAUGUAUGAAGAGCAGUGCACAAUGGAUAAAAGAACAAGUAAUGAUGCAAUCAGCGAUUCUAAUGAAGAAUGUAGUGAUGCUAUUGAGUUAAAUAAUGCAAUCCAAGAAGACGAGAGUGAAGAUAGUAAAGCAGAUGGAGAAUGUUUAGAUGACGAGGAGUUUUGUUUGCUAGGGAAAAUAAGAUAAAAUUGGAGAAUGUAGGUUUAGGGCUAAAUGAAAAAGUGAAUCUGGGAAGACAAGGAGAAUGCUCAAAUAUACAAAUACCUAAUAGAGCAGUAGGACCUACACAAGCUAGUGGAAUUAAGACCAUUAAAGCAGCUGUAGGGAAGAAAAUGAAGGUCAGAAGGAAUAAUGAGACAGACAAUGGAAUUGCAACCAGCACUGGCAGGAUGGAGAAUAGUAAUUAUGUAGUACAACAAUACACAAUGGACCUAAGUCAGCCUCCACCAUAUUCAAGCCAAGGUUAAUUGAUUUAGUUAGUUUUAGGGUAUUUUUUUGUUUACCAACAACAAACAUAUCAGUUUAUAGGAUACUUUUUGGUUACAUGAAUAUGUAGAACAGUCCUUUUGGUAAUUUGCUGUGGAUAUUGAUUUAUCAUUAUAAGUAGUUUUUGUAGUGAUAAUGCAUUUGUUUAUUUUAAAUCACCUAUAAA